AUGGAGUACAAUAUGGAAGACAGCCAGAACCUUGCUCCCCAGGCUGCCAAGCUCAACUCUGGUUCCAAGGGUCCUGAUUCUCAGAGCACCACCAAGAGACUCCAGACCGAGUUGAUGCAGCUCAUGACAUCGCCCGCCCCUGGUGUUUCUGCCUUUCCCUCUGCAGACGGCAACCUCCUAUCAUGGACUGCCACUAUCGAGGGCCCUGAAGACACCCCUUACUCUGGUCUGACCUUCAAGCUCAGCUUCGCUUUCCCCUCCAACUAUCCUUAUGCGGCACCCACGGUGCUCUUCAAGACACCCAUCUACCACCCUAAUGUCGACUUCUCCGGCCGUAUCUGCUUGGACAUCCUCAAGGACAAGUGGACUGCCGCUUACAACAUCCAGACUGUUCUCCUCAGUCUGCAAAGCUUGCUUGGUGAGCCCAACAAUGCCUCUCCCCUCAACGGCGAGGCUGCUGAGUUGUGGGACAAGGACGCCGAGGAGUUCCAAAAGAAGGUGCUGGCACGUCACGUAGAUGUCGAGGACGAGUAA